ACAAUAACUAGCUAAUUAAACUGAUCGAUCCAUCCCCUGCCAUCUUGAGAAAUGGGCAACCCAAAUGUUCCUAACACAAAGAUCAGUGAAAAAGAAAUGGAGAAGGCAAAAGAGAAGACGAUGAAGAUGAUGGGUUUGCCUCUCUCCACUAUAUUUUUCCACGGUAACGAUCGAGCAAUCUUGAAGAACAUCACCCCCAUGGGAAGUACCCUAAUCCCACGGGACAUAUAUACCAACAUAAUCGUCUAUCCCAUGACGACUCAUGAUGGACAUAUGAUACGCAAGUUUGAUCAAAAGAAUAAUGCAUCAUCAAGUCGUCCAAGAACUGUCUCUCUAGACGGAGCAGCCAAAGAAUUACGUAAUGCCAUCAGAUCAAAUGUGGAUGAAGCAACGCUACGACAAAUACUCGAUCGUGAACCGAGACUAUACACGUCUUACAAUCGUGAAAACUAUACUCCUCUAUGUUAUGCUGCAUACAAAGGUUUUACGAAGACAGUUAGCUACAUCCUCAAGAAGUAUCCCACAAUUUUAGAUGAUAAUCCAAAGGCUUACCCCAUUCACAAGGCAUGUGCAGGACGCCAUCUGAAUAUCUUAGAGAUGUUUCAUGAAAAACGCGGCGAUGAAUCGUUUUUCAAUCCUGACUGCAAAGGCCGAACACCGCUUCACGUAGCUUGUGAUGCACCCGCCGAUCGCGAGAUUUUCCAGUACUUGAUGACGCUACCGGGGGCAAACUAUGCUAUGAGUGUGGAAGAUGAGAACAGGGUAACUCCUAGGAGAGUUGCUUGAUAUGAAAAAAAAAAAAAAAAUGAAAGGACCUACGUCCUCUAAACCUUGCAAACAAAGCUAAAUCUUAAACGAGUAGUACGUUUCAUUAAAUCUGUGUAUGCGCUUUUGUUGUAUGUUGUAUGUGUGUUUUCAUGCGUAAGUAUUUUCAGCUAUCACAUAAAUCUUUGAAAGUAAUAGUACUUUUUUUGGGUUCAUCAGUCCAGCAGGAUUGAGUACCCUAUGUAUUGCAUUAUUGUUUGUCUCUUCUCCUUAUAAAG